AUGAUGAAGGUGCUCGAGGACUGUCGGGUGGCGCCACCACCAGGCACCGUUGCCGGAAAGUCCCUUCCCCUAACCUUUUUCGACCUUCCAUGGUUACACUUCCCUCUCAUCCACCGCGUUAUGUUCUAUGAGUUUCCCCACUCCAAAACCCAUUUCAUCGAGUCUGUUAUUCCAAAGCUUAAACACUCGGCCUCCCUCACUCUUAAACACUUCUUCCCUCUUGCCGGUAACCUCAUAGUGCCAUCAAAUUCUUCAAAACCCGAAAUGCGUUACGUGAAUGGUGAUUCGGUUUCACUGAUCUUUGCAGAGUCUAGGGGAGAUUUCGAUUAUCUUAGUGGGGAUCAUGCAAGAAAUGCUGAUGAAUUUCAUCCUCUUGUCCCUCAAAUGCCAGAGGUUAUUUAUGAGUCUGGUACAGCAAUAGCCCCACUUCUAGCUCUUCAAGUCACUCUUUUCCCCGACGUUGGUCUGUGUUUUGGGCUAAUCUUUCACCAUGUGAUUGCCGAUGCUAGCACUUUGAUGAAUUUCUUAAACUCAUGGGCUUCGAUUUUCAAAUCAGGCGGAGAUGAAGACUUGUUGAAGGAUGGAAUCCUCCCUCUCUAUGAGAGAUCUGUGAUCAAAGAUCCGAAAGGUUUAGAAGAAAUUUACUGGGGCCAAUUGAAGGAUACUAAAUUUGAAGUGCCUCCAUAUCAAUUUCUUCCCACAAACAAGGUUCGAGCCACAUUUGUGAUGCGCCGAGAGGUUAUCCAAAAACUCAAGAAAUUGGUCUCUGACCAGAGACCAUCACUGUCAUAUGUGUCAACCGUCACAACAACCUGCGCUUUCGUAUGGAUUUGUAUGGUGAAAUCGCGUCUGGGCAAUGGGGAGGAUAUUGGUGAAGACGAUUGGGACCUAUUCGUCCUCAACGUGGAUUGCAGGGCUCGUUGGAAUCCACCGCUACCGGUGAAUUACUUCGGCAACUGUAUAACACCCAUUUUUAUAAAGGGAAAGAGUACCCAACUUAUCGGAGACGAAGGUUUUUUGACGGCGGCUGGGUUGAUCGGAGAGGGAAUUCACAACAGGCUGCACAAUGAGGAGGGAGUGAUGAAGGAUAUGGAGAACUGGGUCUCAGAAUUUCAAGCAUUGGUAUCGGAACUGUUACGAAAACAGACCAUAGACAGAGCCGCCGGAGUUGCAGGGUCACCGAAAUUGGGAUUUUACGGGGUAGAUUUUGGGUGGGGAAGGCCGAAGAAGAUAGAGAUUAUCUCAAUAGAUGUCAAUGGAGCCUUCUCGGUGAUGGAGAGCAGAGAUUCGGAAGGUGGUGUGGAGGUUGGUGUGUCCUUGCCCAAGAUUAAAUUGGAUGCUUUUGUUACCAUCUUCGAAGAUAGCCUGCAGAAUAUAUAG